AUGAUACCACCUCCACCCAACACAUCUUCUCUUACGUGUACUCCAGAAGAAGAAUCAGAAAAUUAUAAAGCCGUUGAAAAUAUGUUUGCAACUCUAUAUUUUUUCUUACCAUUCAGUGCUCUUGGAGCGUUAAUUGCAAACGUGAUCUACUUAAUAGUAGUUACAGUAGGAAUUCGAAAAGGAAAAUUACCUUUGAAACGAUAUGCACUGACUAUAAAUCGCACAUGUGCCGACAUUUUCACAAUAAUCGUCGGAACUUAUUUUUAUAUGAAACAGAAAAUGGAUAGAUGUGAUUCUCAUAUCUGUCUUCCGGUUGAAACUGAUGUUUCUCGAUAUGUUCUUCAAGUUGUUUUUGUUCUCAACUAUUGGUGUGUUAGUCUUUCGUAUUCUGGUAUUGCUGUACUCACCAACUAUGCUGUCAGAGCUCCUUUGCAGUAUAAGGUCAAUCUGACAUCAAUGAAAGUUGCGAAAUAUAUUUUGAUCGGUUGGUUGGCACUACUGUUUUGUUUUUUACUUUGUGUCGUGCUGGUGCAUCGAGGGGAAUUGGAUUAUAAUAGCAACUCAGUCAUUCAUUUGUUUCUUGAUGAUUUCGAUUCUGACGAGUAUAUCGGUGAAUGGCUCGUUGAUUUGUGCAAUCAUAUUAAAUCUCAUCCUGGAACUCGAAGUCUCAUUGUAACUAUACUUCCACCUAUAUUUUUCUAUCUGAUAUCUGUUGUCAGCUAUGUUUUUAUUAUUCAUUUGCUAUUCUCUAGGAGAAAAGUAUCUUCUUAUCACCGUCAUUGGGGUUCAAUGCUCCGUCUUGGUAUCCAUCUCAUUCUGUUUGCUGGUACUUGUGCUCUUACGGGGACUGCUUAUCUCGGAUCAUUUUCUAUUGGAGACUUCUGUGAACAACAUCAAACGAACGAGCCAAUGUGUCUUGAAGCAGUUGUCUCAUACAUGUGGAAUACAGCAGCUGCUUUAAUCGGAUGGAUAUGUCGAAUGGUGAUUGAUGCAACAGUUGAUACGUUAAAUGACGACGUGUUACGGAGAACGUUUUUCAACAGUAUUCGACACCGCUUAUCCUAUGGUCCUACUAAUACGGCUAAUGAUGUACGAUGCACUCUUUUAUGCAGUAGUUGA